GUGGAACAUUGCGUCGGGGGACCAGCCCUCCCGUGUGAACAUGGGACCCACUUAGUCUAGUUCAUUCUAUAUCUUCUACUAGAAUUUAACCCAUCUGGUCCAGAGCCGAAAUGUCACCUAUCCAUUUUCUCCAGAGAUGCUCCCUGAACCGCUGAGUUACUCUGGCACCUGGUGCCUCUUUUUUAAACCCAGCUUCUUGUUUGUAAUGAAAAAAUGCUUUAGAACUUCCUGCUGUCUAUUUAGACUUGCAGAACCACUUUUACCGGUUGGUGAAAGAAGAUUGAACUUAAUUUGCAUCAAUUAAAGUUACGCUCAAUGCUUCUUUCUCUAUUAAAAGGCUGAAAACGUUUGUUCGAUAUUUGCAGGUGAUAAAAAAUAUCUCCCAUGAAAGGAGAAAGUAUAGGUUAGGCUCAGCAGGUUAGGCACAGUCCUAAAAGACAAAAUUUCCUGGGUCAAUGAUUGGAAAGGGUUAGACGUAAACCGGUUUCAAGGUGCAGAGAACGGGAGGGGUGGAGAGAAAGCAAACCGAUCGAAGAGGCCGAAUGACAGAUAGAUACAUCCACCCUUUCUCAACAUGUAAUCCCUCCUGCCAUCCCAUGCCUUCUGUCCGUUCGCCCCUUCCUCAUUACCCUGCACCUUAUAUCACUAACCUUCCCAUGGACGUAACAUUAACUACAGUUUUAUUUCCACCGAAGCCGGCAGUCUCGUUGAGUAUCUCAUCCAUCUAUUAACUUAGGUUUCUACUUGCUAUACACAUUUCACGUGAGAUAAUCCUAAACCACAACUUUAUUGAAGAGAAACACUUCGCCGAAUAUGCGCUUGGCAGUGAUUUAGUUACCUGAACCCCAGGGGAGGGUGGAGCUGAGAAACUUACAGCAGGAAGCUCCCUCAAUUAUUUAAAAGCAGGACUUUCCCUUCCCGGUGCAAGUCACCCCAACCUUCCAGCGGUUGAACUUGCGACGUUAUCUCCCGGUCAGUACUCUCCUCCUCCCUUGGUUAAAUUAAUGUUGAUCAAGAGAGAAAUGUCACGAUGGCACGAAGAGCAUUUCUCAGCCUCUUCCAGAAAGUUUCUCUCGUCUUCGCCCGGAGGAAAUACCAGCAAGUCUUGGAGGGCGAGACAGACACAGAGCUCCAAGAAGUAGAAGUUAACACCAAAAAAGAACCAAUUCUUUCAGUGUCUUCUAAGGAAGCCAGCACAAGACAAUUGGAUGAUUUAAUAAGUGACCUUCAGGCUGAUUUGGAAAAUGGCCUCACGGAUGGUCAGGUGCUUGAACGUCGCCAGCAGUUUGGAUGGAAUGAUUUUGAAGUGGAUAAGCCAGAACCAAUUUGGAAGAAGUACCUUGGCCAGUUCAAGGAUCCCCUGAUUCUGCUGCUUUUGGCUUCUGCGGUUAUUAGUGUUAUCACUAACGAGUUUGAAGAUGCAGUGAGCAUAACAGUGGCUAUAGUAAUUGUGGUCACGGUUGCCUUUGUGCAGGAGUACCAUUCUGAAAAGUCUGUACAAGAGCUGGGCAAACUAAUCCCUCCAGAAUGUAACUGUAUCCGUGGUGGAAAAGUGGAACACCUGCCAGCGAGGGAACUUGUGCUGGGUGACACCGUGUGCAUUUCCAUUGGAGAUCGAGUACCUGCAGAUAUCAGACUGUUUGAGGCUGUUGAUUUAUUGAUCGAUGAGUCAAGUUACACUGGUGAAUCCGAGGCCAGUAAUAAGAGUACUGCAUGUUUGCCAGAAUCUGGAGAUACAACUUCUUUUCAAAACAUUGCAUUUAUGGGAACCCUAGUGCAAUAUGGGAAUGGAAAGGGCAUUGUGAUUGCAACUGGUGAAAACUCUGAGUUUGGAGAAGUUUUUAAAAUGAUGCAAACUGAGAAGGCUCCAAAGACCCCCUUACAAAAAAGCAUGAAUAAGUUAGGGAAGCAAUUAUCGCUGUUUUCAUUUUCAAUAAUAGGUUUAAUGAUGCUGAUUGGUUGGUUACAAGGGAAGAGUCUCCUUGGCAUGUUUACGAUAGGAGUUAGCCUGGCUGUUGCGGCUAUUCCAGAAGGCCUACCAAUCGUUGUCACGGUAACAUUAGCUCUAGGUGUGAUUCGAAUGUCGAAAAAGAGAGUCAUAGUAAAGAAACUUCCUGUGGUGGAAACGCUGGGUUGCUGUAAUGUCAUCUGCUCCGAUAAGACUGGCACCCUUACAGCCAAUCAGAUGACUGUAACACGCUUACUUGCAUCAGAUGGCACGCAGGCAGAGGUAACUGGCACAGGAUACAAUGGAAAGGGUGAUGUUCAUUUGUUACCCAGUGGAGAACUCAUAAAGGCAUUCUCCAAUGUGUCAAUAGGAAAACUGGUUGAGGCUGGAUAUUUAUGCAAUAAUGCUACAAUUAAUGAAGACACCUUGAUAGGACAGCCAACAGAAGGAGCCUUAAUUGCACUUGCAAUGAAGAUGGACCUUGAUCAGGCUGAGCAGAACUAUAUAAGGAAGAAGGAAUAUCCAUUUAGUUCAGAAAAGAAAUGGAUGGCUGUUAAAUGUGUCCAUAAAAGUCAGGAAAUUGAAGAAAUUUACUUCAUGAAAGGUGCAUACGAGGCAGUUAUUCAGUAUUGUAGCAAGUAUAACAACAGUGGCAUGCCAGUACCGCUCACACCUCAACAGCGGGCGUUGUACGUCCAACAACAAGCAAAACUGGGAGAAGAAGGUUUGCUCUUUCCAGUGCUGACUCUAGCUGUUGGAUGUGAAUUGGGCGAACUUACCUUCUUAGGAUUCAUUGGUAUAAUUGACCCACCAAGGACUGAAGUCAAAGCAGCGAUUCAAAUGCUUCAGAAUUCUGGAAUUGCUAUAAAGAUGGUCACUGGAGACUCCAUGGCAACAGCCAUUUCAAUAGGGAGAAGUAUAGGAAUUUAUAAUGAUGAUAUGGAGGUCAUGUCUGGCGAGCAGUUGGAUCAAAUGAAUAAUGAGGACCUUUCUCAUCUGGUCAUGAAGGUGGCUAUUUUCUUCAGGACAAGUCCAAAACACAAGCAGAACAUUGUAAAGGCUCUGCAGAGCAAUAAUGCAGUUGUGGGGAUGAUGGGGGAUGGUGUGAAUGAUGCAGUUGCUCUCAAGUCUGCUGACAUUGGAAUUGCCAUGAGAGGAACAGGAAGUGACGUCAGUAAAGAAGCAGCAGGCAUGAUCCUAGUGGAUGAUGACUUUUCAUCCAUUUUGUCUGCAGUGGAGGAAGGCAAAGGAAUCUUUUACAACAUUAAAAAUUUUGUGUGGUUUCAACUGAGUACGAGUAUUUCAGCAUUGAGUUUGAUUGUUCUGUCGACGGUAUUUAACAUGCCAAAUCCACUAAAUGCAAUGCAGAUUUUGUGGAUCAACAUCAUUAUGGAUGGCCCUCCAGCUCAAAGCUUGGGUGUUGAACCAGUUGACAAAGAUGUAAUUAAACUGCCUCCAAGAAAUAUCAAAGAUUCUAUUCUGAGUAAAGGCCUACUUAUUAAAAUAUUAUUCUCAGCAGUUAUAAUUAUGAGUGGGACCCUUUUUGUUUAUUGGAAAGAGCUUCCUGAAGGGAAGAGUUCUACAAGGACCACAACCAUGACAUUUACCUGCUUUGUCUUCUUUGAUAUGUUCAACGCUUUGAGUUGUCGCUCCCAGACCAAAUCAAUAUUCAAAAUAGGCCUAUUCCGUAACCGUGUGUUUGUUUACACUGUGCUUGGCUCACUUCUUGGACAAAUGGCAGUCAUCUAUUUCCCGCCUCUCCAAAGAGUUUUCAAAACAGAGGGUCUCGGAGCACUUGACUUGAUGUUCCUGGUUGCCUUGGCCUCUUCGGUUUUCUUUGCAUUGGAGCUAUGGAAGUUAAUUGAAAGAAUAUGGCUGUCAGCUACUGCAAGGAAAAAUAGUUCAAAUUUCGAGGUGCAUCCAUGUUAAUUGUUAGAUUUAGAAGAGAAAUACAAAAUCUGA